CUAGUAGUGGGACUGAAACCCUAACAUAAUCAUCCUUAUCGAGGUCAUGUAUGGUGCCCAAUUUUUCCUUGAUUCCUUAGAAAAAUAAUUAGCUUUAAGCGAAAAGCAAACAAUCGUUUCUGACUUUCUUAUCAUCAGGUUUUUAUAGUCAGGUACAUAACAUUGCUUUUGGCUGUCAAUGAGCACGUUUACCUACUGAUUCCUCGCUCCACGUUUCUUCACAUCAGGCAUCAGUGUUUAUCGCGUAGUACGAGGUUUCCAAGCUCAUCGACGGUAUGCCUUCGAAGAAUGGUCGGGAGUCCGAAGGGAGUGAUGCCGGUGAAGACGAGUUUCAGGUGGAAAAGAUCCUUAAAGUUCGUAUUCGUGGCGGUCGCAAAGAAUAUUUUUUGAAGUGGAAAGGCUAUCCGGACGAGGAGAAUACAUGGGAACCGGAGGAGAACCUCGAUUGCCCUGAACUUAUCAAGGAAUUUGAGGACCGGCGUGCACGGGAGAGAACUGUCAGCGGCAGUCCAGCACGUUCAUCUUCUAGCGCUGACAACGUCCGCUCUAAAAGCCGUUCCAAGCCGUCACUGGGCACUCCACAAGGCGGUUCUGCUUCCCCCAAGCAGACAACUGAUGAAACACCCGAGCCACCAAAGAAGAAACGGGCUCCAGUCGACAGUGGUGGCGCUACCCCGGAUCAGGUGUCAGAGGAUGCUAAAGGCGGCCAAGACGACGACGUCAGAGCGAAAACCCCUAAAAGCGCUGGGAAACCUCGUGGAUUCGCUCGGGGGUUGAAGGCUGAGCGUAUUAUUGGUGCGACGGACUCCAGUGGGGAACUCAUGUUCCUCAUGAAGUGGAAAGAUUCUGAUGAAGCGGAUCUAGUCCCUGCGCGUGAGGCAAAUAUAAAGUGCCCCCAAGUAGUCAUCCGCUUCUACGAGGAAAGAUUGACUUGGCACACGCCCGAAAGUCGUCCCUCUGGUGGGACACCACGUCCUGGUGCUACGACACCUAGCUCAGCGUCUGGGGCUGCUCGAACCUGAACCCCCGAUCAUGGAUAACGCAUCUAUUCGCAUUUAAUAAACUUAUCGUCAACUUAUUCUGAAUACUACAUUUUGAAUUGCUGUAAAAAUAACAUUCUGAACUUUCAUUUCAUACAGAUAUACUCGUUCAGCUACAUAAACCUUUGUUACCAAGCGCCCUAA